AUGGCCAAUGAUCAGGCUGCAACGACCAGGUCUCGAAAGGCUUAUGUUCGGAAAGUCACAGAUAAGCGGCGUGAACAGAACCGUCGUGCCCAAAAGGCAUAUCGUGAACGGCUGAAGAAGAAGCUGGAGGUCUUGGAGGGACAGACUGCGACGGCGCCCCCUCAAGCAGAUGCGGCUGCAUUGCCUGAUCGAACUGUAACCGUUCCGAGCACGGAAAUCUAUGCUGAAGGGGACGUCGACCUUGAUGACGAGUCUCCGGCAUCUCCGCCGGAGGUACUACCCACGGAGACCCGUCUGGACUCAAGAGUAAUCAAUCUCGCUGAUGCCUUCGUGGCCGCUGGCGACUUACCGUUCGGCCAGGGCUCGUUGCCGGGUAUUCAGUUCCAGGUAGCACCUGAAACACCCACCCCAGGGUCGCACGCUGAAGCGGUGGUUGAGCACACCCACGACGACUAUGGCGACAUAUGGAUGGCGCCCAUCUGGGCCAUGCCCACCAAACCAGACUUGCCUCGCAAGCCAUACCCCACUCCCCCAGGCUCACUGCAAGGCUCCAAAUCUUUCAUCACACUCACGUCUCAUCGGACCUCAAGUGGGUUCCCCUCUCCGAGAUCCGCGAUCGCUGAUCCAUACAUGAAUCACUUGCGUCUGGUUGGGGAGGCAAAUAUUGAAGCCUCGGUCGCAAUCGGCCUGGCGCUUAAGAUAAGCCGCAACCAGUAUCUCAACGACCACCCGUCGCAUUUCCCGGGCUGCUACGUCGCUCUUAACAAACCAGACCCUCGGGUGCCAACCAACUCAAUCUCGCCAACCACCGUAACAUACAGAAUUGCCGGCACCUUUAUGCAAAUCACACCACAACUGCAAGCUCAUCUUGAGGAUGUCAAGCAGCCUAUACGACCCACGCCCGCACAACUGUUAAAUCCGCAUCCAUCUUACCUCGACUGUAUUGUCUUCCCUCAUUUCCGGGAACACGCUGUCAAAGCGUCUGCAGACGGCAUCCUGGACCAUGGUCAGCUCUUUAUGGACAUUAUGCACGGCGGUCUUGUAUGUUGGGGUGGAAAGUCCGGCCUGUCUAAUCGGCAUGGAAGAUCAACAAAGAGCGGAAAGAGGGAUCUGCGUGAGUCUGUCGCCUGGAGCACGAGAAGUUGGGAAGCAAAGAAAUGGUUUCUGAAAAAGUGGGCAUGGCUCAUUGGUACGGAGGAGGAAGAGGAAGCCAGAGGUGAUGCUGACGGGAUUUGGAGGGGUAGCCGCUGGUGGUGGAAUAUGAGAGGCGAGGAGGACAGUGAGGAUGAAGACGAAGGGCAAGGGUUUGCGUGUGAAAGGGUACACGAGGUUGAGGCUGGCGGCAACUGCCUGUGA